AUGCCUCUACAGCUGCUCCCUGCAUCCGCAGCGGCGUUUGCUCCUCGAUCGGCUCCCACGAUAGUGCUAGGCUCACGGGUCGAGACAUGGCUCACGCACACACUCAAACGCAUCAGUCGCGUCAAGCGUCCUCUCAACAGCGUUCCCCAGCACUAUCGUUUCCUGACAGAGACUCUGGGCGCGCCGUCUGCCAUCUGGCUCUUGUCGUCGCUCAUGUUGCCCAACGCUCCACACUCGAAAUUGCGCAAAGACUCGGAUCCGCUGAGAGAAGCCAUCGCCAACUACACUCUGACUCCGGUCCAAGCAUACGUCGUUCACGUCGACAUGGUCUCCCAGCACGAGGUCGCCUUCAAGCUGACCCAAGACACCAUCGACGCUCUGAUAGACUACCACAAUGACAUCUACUCGGUCGACAUUGCUGCCAGUACAUAUGCCUGGCCCGAGAAGGACGACCAGAUCAAGACAAUGCAGGAAGCCUUUGUGCAAGCUGUCAACCGCUUUGUCUACCGUACAUCCGUCCGUGCUCUAGAGGGUAUGGAAGACGAAGGCGCUGGUGAACUACUCCAAGGUCGCAGCAACGACGUCAAGACUGCCAUCAUGAAUCUGUUCCUGCCUCUUCUUCCACCCCCUCCGCAGGUUGUUGACUUGAUCGCCCCUGCUCCCAUCAUGCCGACCUCGUCUUUUGUACCUGGUCAUUGGUGGCAGCCUGCUCAAGCAUACGCUCUGGUUCCCAAUCCUGUAGACCCAUGGCAAGUCUUGCCCUCGAAUCCUGGCACAAGCACUGCUUCCGCUCCGCCACCUCAGUACUGGUUGUCUCUUGGCAUGGAUCCUGUCCAGCUCCCUUCUCCGACACCCUCGUACAGUCAAUCACCUGUCCAUGUCUCUGAGCCGCCCUUCUACACCUCGGCUCAGGUUGAUAGCGGCAUGGCUGUCAUGCCUGUGCCUAUGAUACCUUUACCGAGCGCCUUACCCUCGUGCGGCACAAGCAUGGCAAACACUGGAUUCAAUACCCUAGGCUGGAGCUUCAAUGCUUUCGCCCCGCAGUAUGCUACCAUCUAG